CGGUGCGGCCUCCUCUUCACAUGUUUUUGCUCAAGGGCAGUGCAUAUAGAGAUGUUGGAGGAUUUGACGACCGACGCAUUCAUCAAUGCUUUGCGCUGCUUCAUUGCCCUUCGUGGAGCUGUUAGGCACAUUAGGUCCGAUCAGGGAACUAACUUUAUGGGGGCAAGAAACGAGAUGGCAAAAGCUCUAAAAGAACUUGAUAAGGAAAGAGUGACUGCAUACCUAGCAGAAAAUCAGUGCGACUUCCAGAUGAAUACGCCCCACUCUAGUCAUGCUGGAGGUGCAUGGGAGCGUCAAAUCCGAACAGUGAGAAGCGUACUGAGCACGGUCCUUGCCUGCAGUGUGGGAAGGUUGGAUGAUGCCUCAUUAAGGACAUUCCUUUAUGAAGCCAUGUGCAUCGUGAAUAACCGCCCACUCACUGUUGAUAACAUCAACGACCCCAAAAGCUUUGAGCCACUCACACCGAACCACUUAAUCACCAUGAAAUCCUCAAUCCCACUUCCACCUCCAGGUAAAUUUGUCAAGGAGGACCUGUAUGCUAAGAAACGCUGGAGAAGGGUUCAGUAUCUGACCGAGCAAUUUUGGCACAGAUGGAGGAAGGAAUACCUGGCCAAUAUUGCUCUGAGACAGCGGUGGCAUACACCAAGACGUAAUGUGGAGGUGGGUGACAUUGUGAUUCUCAAAGAGGAAGAUGUUCCUCGCAAUGAAUGGAAACUCGCUAGGGUUGUGGAAGCACAUGAGGAUGAUGAUGGACUUGUACGGAAGGUGACAAUCCAGACUGGUGAUCGGAAGUUAGGAAAUGGAGGCGAACGCCUCGUCCAACCUUCCAUCAUCCAAAGACCCAUUCAGAAAUUAGUGGUCCUGGUAAAAAACAGCUAAAAUUGGGAAAAAUGUCAUUCAUUGAUUACAUUUUCCUUCCAAAAUAGAAGUCAUUAUGCUGUACUUCAUGCACAUGUUAUGGAGAUGUAAAUUGUUCAUAUUGUUGAAUUCACUGUUGAGAAAAGAAUAUUGUUUAUGUCAAUGCAAGAGUGUUUAAAAACAGCAACAUGGUGCUUGAGAAUUACCAUUGAUUUAAUGAACAAUGCAAGUGUAUUUACAUUCACAAUUGUAAUAAUCAAAGGUAAUUGGUGGGAGUGUAGCUGACGCUGAAAUGUUUGUGUUGGUUGCCAUGACAACACCAGUAGCGCAUCUGAGAUCGUUAUGUUGUUUUCUGUUUGUUUUCAUUAUUUGGUACUCAUGUUUGUGUACAUUUGCAGUAGGAAAAGAUAAUCUGUGAUCCAGCAAUACAUCCUGCUUGUAAGAAACGUUUUGUUAAAACAUUAUUGUGAAGUAGUCACUUCCUGUGAGUCGCGGGAACCGGAAGUUGUGCGCGGGAGAGACAAGACAGAGCGGUAACACGGCGGACUUUUUGGAAUGUACAUCUUUUCUACUGCUGGUUUUACAAGGCGUACACGUUUUCACGGUGCUCCAUGAUUGUGAGCGGAAUAAAAGUAUUGUGGACAUCAGUACGAAGCGUGGAUUCUUUCGACCAGAGUAGAUACACUGAGGCUUUAAUUGAACUCACAGGCAAAGCCCUGUGCAAACCAUGAUUCUGACUCUGAGGUAAAUCACUGCUAUAAAACAUUACAGUGAAACUGAGCGAGUGAAACUGAAAUAAGAAACUGCAAAUUACAGCACACACAACCAAAGCUGUCAACAUAUUUCAGGCUUAUGUCGCAAACUUCAUCAUUCACAAGGCUCAAAAACAAGAAGUCAAAGGAUUUGAACAAAAAAAAAGGUAGUGUUAGUGGGAAAAGUGGGACAUUAAGUUGUGUUUUUAUGUGAUUUUUUCAUCCUAAAGGAGGUAAGGAAGUCUCUUUUGUGUGUUUCAUAAAUCAACAUAAAUUAAUUAAGAUUCAUGUGUUUGAUUAUAUCGGCAGGCAACAGAUAAAUUUACAUUAAAAUUAUUUAAACAGCAGGAAAGUAUUGUGAAAAUAUUGCAACUUUGUAAUUAUAAAGUGUUUAUUUUUAAGCUCCUCUUAGCAGUCAGGCAUGAGCAUACAAAUAUGCUUUAUAGAUUAAAAACAACUGUCAGCUUCAUGGAGGAUUCAAACCCAGCACCUACUAAUAAAAGUCAGCUUGGUAACCAACACAGACACUGAAACACUGAGAAGUGUGACACCACUUUUCUCUCUCACACAUUUCUCUGUCAGCUAAUUAAACAGAUGCAGUUAAUGUUGAUUUCUUAAAAUUAUUGUAUUCAUGGUUACAGUUGUGUUGUGUAAAACAACUAAAACAAGGUUGGUUGGCACACAGAGAAUGAAGGGCCAGGUUUAAAUAAUAUAAGUAUUUAAUUUGCAGCAGAAAAGGUUAAUAUUUCAACCAAAUAACAAUGUGUAUCAUGUUAGUGUGUAGAGUAUGUUUGAAUGUGAGUGUGUGUCUUUCUUGCCCUCAGUGUCAGCCUGACAUCUACUGACAAUAUCGGCUUAGUGUCCAAAAUGCCACUGAGGUCCAGCUUUAAUGUCCACUGAGGACUUUUUGAUGGGCGGUCAUAGAAAGAGAGAUUCUAUUGUUACCUUAUUACUACUGCCUUUAGUAAGGUGCCGUAAAUUCAUUUUCUGACAUGAUGCUAAUAUCAAUUUAAAAAGUGUCCCUUUGAUUUUUUGAACAGUGUAACAAUAAAUGUUUACAAAAACAAAAAAGCAUCCUUAUUUGAUAACACUAAAUGUGGAAGACCCUAAAUUCUUACUGGAUCAAAGAUGAUCAAGUGUUUGUUCCUAUAAAUAUAAUAAAACUUCAAACUUGUCAAUCUUUCAUCUGCAGCUUGCAAAGCUUUCAAUAAUAUGCUGCUCAUAGACAGGAAGCACUCUGGUUUUAUUUAGUCUCAUUUUAAUGCACAAAGACUGCAGCACGAUCAAUUUUUUAACAAAUGUAACUUUUAUACCAUGCAACUGUACAAAAACCCAUCAGUCGAAUCUCUGUAAUGAAACACGAGUACAAAAUAACAUCAUUUAUAAACAUCACAUUAAAGAGAAAAGUGCAAAACAACAAGAAUUUAAUUCCCAGCAACAAAGUCCCAGGAUUGAAAAGUAAACACUUAAAGCAUCUGUGCUUUCCAUCAAAGUGAUGGAAAAGCAGUAAGGCUGAAGUAACAGAGGUUCUGAAUAUAAUUCACACUUUCAUAUUAUUGUAGGGUCUUUGCAAUAUAAAGCACCUUAAGGCAAUCUGUUGUUGUGAUUUUGUACUACAUGAAUAUAAAAAUGAAAUGCAUUGAACUGAGACAUUCACUGUGGCUCAAGUAAAAGAAAA